AUGAACGUAAUCAAGCUUCAGAGGAAGUACCCUCAGUUCAAGCAAGAUGAGAUCUUUGGCUUGCAAGAUGCCUUCCGAAAACUCGAUGUCGACGAUAAAGGUUACAUAGAUGAAGCUGCUGCCAUCAAGGCCACUCAGACCAGCGAAAGACAGCCGUACGAUGUGGUUAGACAGGCCUUGAAGGAAGUCGAGUUGGACUCCUCCAGGAGAGUCGAAUUAGAUGACUAUGUUGGGCUUGUAUCGAAGCUCCGCGAGUCCUCUCCCGCCCAACAGCGCAUGUCGACUGGCCCGCAAUCUCCAGCGCGUGGUGGACUGGUAUCUCAGCAAACAGGUGGUGGUGGGCAUGCUUCCAAGGGAAGUGUCAGUGGACGAAUUCAAGUCCAAGGAUCUUCUUCGAACGUCACCCAUACCAUUAACGAAGAUGAGCGAACCGAAUUCACCCGUCACAUCAACGCGGUCCUGGCCGGUGAUCCGGACAUUGGAUCACGUUUGCCGUUCCCAACAGAUACCUUCCAGAUGUUCGACGAGUGCAAGGAUGGACUUGUGUUAGCUAAGCUGAUCAAUGACUCGGUUCCGGACACGAUCGAUGAGCGUGUCCUCAAUCGCGAAGGGAAGAAAAUCAAGAAGCUUAAUGCUUUCCACAUGUCGGAGAAUAACAACAUCGUCAUCGAAUCUGCAAAGGGUAUCGGGUGCUCUGUUGUCAAUAUUGGAAGCGGAGAUAUUAUUGAAGUUCGGGAGCAUCUCAUUCUAGGUCUAAUUUGGCAGGUCAUCCGAAGAGGGUUACUAGGAAAAAUCGAUAUCAAACUGCACCCAGAAUUAUACAGACUGCUUGAAGAGGACGAGACUCUGGAACAGUUUCUGAGAUUACCCCCGGAGCAAAUUCUGCUCCGGUGGGUGAACUAUCACCUGAAAGCGGCAAAUUGGCCUCGCAGGGUAGCAAAUUUCUCGUCCGAUGUAAAGGAUGCAGAGAAUUAUACCGUCUUGCUUGCCCAGAUUGCUCCAGAGAGCUGCACACGUGGCCCACUACAGACUAGAGAUCUUCACCAGAGAGCGGAAGAGGUAUUGCAAAAUGCAGACGCGCUUGGCUGCCGAAAGUUCUUGACGCCUACGUCCCUUGUAGCUGGAAAUCCAAAGUUGAAUUUGGCCUUUGUUGCAAACCUGUUCAACACUCACCCAGCAUUAGAUCCCAUCACUGAAGAAGAGAAACUUCAGGUGGACGAUUUCGAUGCGGAGGGUGAGCGAGAAGCAAGAGUCUUUACUCUGUGGCUCAACAGUCUUGAUGUCCAGCCUUCAGUCAACUCUCUAUACGAUGAUUUACGGGACGGCACUGUUCUCCUACAGGCCUACGACAAAGUAGUAAAAGGGUCUGUGAACUGGCGACAUGUAAACAAGGUUCCAACAAAUGGAAACGAGAUGUCAAGAUUCAAGGCCGUCGAGAACACCAACUAUGCUAUUGAGCUUGGCAAGCAAAACCGCUUUUCGCUGGUUGGUGUUCAAGGUGCAGAUAUCACAGAUGGGCAACGUACUUUGACGUUGGGUCUAGUCUGGCAACUUAUGCGCAAGGAUAUAUCAGAGACACUUUCCGCAUUAGCACAGCGAUUAGGAAAGCGCGAAAUCUCAGAUGCCGAGAUGGUCAAAUGGGCGAAUGAGAUGGUUCGAAAAGGCGGCAAGAGCUCCGCCAUCCGCUCAUUCAAGGACUCGACCAUCGGUACCGGAGUCUACCUUCUGGAUGUCUUGAAUGGAAUGAAGAGCAGCUAUGUCGACUACGAAUUAGUCACACCAGGAAAAUCAGAUGAUGACGCCUACAUGAACGCCAAGCUCAGCAUUAGUAUUGCAAGAAAGAUGGGUGCCACGAUUUGGUUGGUACCUGAGGAUAUUUGCCAGGUUCGGAGUCGUCUGGUUACUACUUUCAUUGGUUCACUGAUGGCGACGCAUGAGAAGAUGCAGUGA